AAGUCCGUUUCACUCCGAGAAAAAGUCCGUUUCUAAUGAGAGCGAAUUUGGUUUGGACUGUCAGUCCUUUUGCUGACAAAGGACGACACGUAGCAUGUCCGUUUGCACCGGUGCUUCUUGACGUAGUUGUGGCAUAUCCCCAGGUGGGGCAGCCCCGGUAUGUCACCCAGAGUCUUCUGCACACAGAGGCAGGCAGGCAGGCAGGCAGGCAAACGACGGCAUCAACAGAUGAGUGAGUGGGAUGGGUGUCUGUGUGCACGUGAGCGGCACUUGCCCGAUAGAUGUCGGCCAGUGUCCAUAGAGAAGGCGCGCUGGCGAGGGCAGGCAGGUUCAGCCUUCCCAAGUCCACAUUCACACACAGAUCACCCCGAGACACCAGCCCACCCUCCAGCCAAGUCACCACCCUUCUCAGCAGCUCCCCUCUGGCGGCCUCUUCGUUUGCCGUCCCCCCCUCCCUCGCCGCCACCCAUCCCUCGAUCUCCCCAGUCUGCAGGUCGUCACAUGGGAAUCCCGCCUCAGGCUGUGGCGCCCCUGAAGGAGACGCCAGGAACAUGUUGGCCCACUCGGCUUUCCUCUCCAUGUUGAUGCGAAAGUUGGGCUCGAGGAGGCGCAGACCCCUGAACUUGGCCGCGAUGUAGUUGAUGGGGAUGAUGCGGUGCACAGGCACUCGCCUGCCCCGCACAAACACGGCGGGGAUGAGCAGAUCUCGUCUGGUGAGGAUGGCCAGGUGGAUGAGAAGGAAGAGCGACUGGCGGCCCACAAUGCCGAUGACGGUUUCGUCCUUCUUGGGGCCUUCGAGAUGGAUCUCCGCCUGCAGGAUCUGCCUGCCUCGGAGGUCGUAGUGCGAGGGCGUCCACCACACGCCCAGCAUUCGCAUGAUGAACACCUUGAGCGGCUUCAUCUCGAAACACGUCGCGUGGAAGCCCGCCGAAGGCCGGGUGAACUCGUCCAGCAGCGGCUGCUCGCCAAGAGUCCAGGGGCUGUUCCGAUGGAGCAUCAUGUUGCGAAGGGCCGUCUCAGGGAUGACCUGACACAGCGGCUUGAGCCUCCUGCGAAGGAUCCGCCAGUCGUGGCCGCCAAGGGCCUCGGCGAGAGCAGGGUUGGCGGGGUCUCUGCCUUGCUCCCCCAGCGGCAGCUUUGGCUGUGUGGUCUUGCCUCUGAAGGCGAGUUCGAUCAGGUUUUGGUUGUGGUGGAGGUUCUCGUCACAGGCCGCUUGUGUGAACUUCUGGCCGUACUUUUGGGGAUCCAUAUUGCUGACCUGCAAUGCACACAGAGACAGGGGGACAAUGGGCGACCCCCCUCACUCAAUCUGCUCAUUGCCCAUUCAUUCAUCAGUCACCUGGAGCAUGUAGUCCCUCUGCCCGAAGUCGAUGGCCUCUGGAGUCGACCGCAGCAGGACGGCACCGAUGUUGAGGAGCGGUCGCCUGUUGACGCGCUUAUUGUAGGAGAACUGGAUCUCCCAUGAGGGGUCGGAGAGGGGCUUGAAGGCCCGGAGAGGAUUGUUGGCAAAGCCCACAUCCAGGUCGGUCAGCAGCACAUUGUUGCCGCGCCGCAGUGUCUUGACGCUGACACACACAUAGAUAGAGACAUAGAAACGAAACUCAGAAGAGAUCUCCGUCUGUCUGUCUGUCUGUCUGUCUGUCCCGUCUGUUUAAGGCGUACAUACAUAUAUUCCUUCUUCUGCGAGUCGGAGCUGAGUCUGCUGAGUGUGUAAGUGUUCUCCUCGUUCUCGUGGCCCCCCGCCUUCAUAAACUUGUUCCUGCUGUAUGUCUCAGCCUGCCCCGAAACCACGCUCUCGUUGGCCCGCAUGCAGUGGACACAGGGGAACCGACCACACUCACGCAGGCACCGCUCGUCAGUGCAGAUGACGUGCAGCGGCCGCUGCGGCAGCCAGUUGAACCGCAAGGCGGCGUAGUAGAGGUUCUCAACAAAAGCCAUGAAACUCCCGCCGGCAAUGGCAAUCAUCACCGUCUCGGCGCCCCUGACGUCCUGCUCCUGGUGCAGAGAGCCGAGCUGAUCACGGAGAGAAUCCCACGGCACGAAGACGCCGGCCUUGCUGGUGCUGUUCUGAGCGCAUUUGGGAGCCCAUGUGCCGGUGGUGGAAGGGCUCUUGCGAUGGGCUGGAUGCCUUCGUUGGCCGUCUGGGUGGCUGGGAUGGAAUGGCCGUCCGAUCGGCAGAAUGAAGAAAACAACGAGUAUGUGCAGGCUGAAUGUGACGGCAGCCAGCAACACGCGUCUGACGGGACAUUUCUGAGCCGCAGAUCUAUCGAGAAACGGCAUUUGUG